AUGCCGCCCGUUGCCUCCUGGUUCGACUACUUUCAAAGCGGGAAAUACAACCUCCUCCCCACAAAUGCGAGCCCCUUGACGACAUCCCUCAGCCCAGAGAUGACAACAAGAGCAUAUCUGGGCAAACGGCGGCGUCUUUUUCAGCUUUGUGCGAUGGCCGUCAUCGGGAUGCUGGUACUAGGUGGCAUCAUGAGGCAUACCGGCUUGCCAUCGCCGGCCGACCGAGCAUCAUCGUCCUUGGAUGAAGGCGCGCAGGACGACAGAGAGCGUGAAAUGUGGGGAAAGACGGAGCAGAUGGGUUGGCAGUCACCGGAAUCCGAGGGUCUGGUAGACCUCGGAGAGGUGGCUGAAGGGCGCUUCAGACUGAAUAUCAAGCCGGAAGAGAGUAGCGUGGCAGAAUACUAUCGCCGGCUCUACGACUUUGCUGUCUCUCUCCCAAUGGGCCUCCAUUCCCCCUUCCUCUCCUCUUUAUAUGCCCACCUCCCACCUUCUCAUCCCGACCUUGUACCCGACUAUCCCAACGCCCAGUCCUAUCUUCCAUCCAUGAUCUCCUACAAAUCCAUCCACAUGACCGACAAGACUUUCAACCCUUCCAACGAGUUGAUCCAGACCUGGCAGAGAGUCAACGAGAGAGAUGGAUGGAAGCUCAACUUUUUGGACGACUCGGCUGCGGCCCAGUGGGUAGCAAAGGUGUUCAAGAGGAGUGAUGUCGAGUGGGCUUGGAAUUUCAUGCACCGAGGUGUACUGAAAGCAGACUUUUUGCGGUACUUGCUGCCCCUGGUUGAAGGAGGUGUAUACUCUGACGUAGACACUCGCCCUAUCCGACCCGUCGAACAAUGGGGCACGACCAACCCUGAAAUCCUCGACCUCUCUGAAUCUGACGGGCCCAACUGGCGCUCCCAGCUCUCUACUCACCCCUCGGUCAUUGUCGCUAUCGACGUUGACGUCCACGCUUUCGUCAACUGGCAAAACUCUUGGCCCCGCCCGCUCGGUAUCUGCCAAUGGACGCUCUCCUCCGCGCCGAAUCAUCCCAUCUUUCUCGAUGCGGUCAGGAGAGUGGUGAAUGCUUCGCAUGUCGUCGAAGAUUGGGAAAAAUGGAGAGAAGGAGAGAUUGAGAGGUUGGAGUUGGAAAAGGCGGAUGGAUGGGAGAAGGCGGUCGAAGAUCUUAAGAAGCAGAUGAGAGAUCAUGCGAUGAAUGUGAUGGAGUGGACGGGCCCUGGGCUGUUUACUGAUUCUGUCUUGGCCUUCCUACUCGCGAGGUACAACGUUACCUGGCACCGACUCCGAGGCCUUCACCACCCCUUACGGAUAGGCGACGUCUUGAUAUUGCCCAUCACCGGCUUCUCUCCGGGCGGGCAGAAGGACUUUAGGGCCGAGGGACCGGAUUCGCCUCAAGCGAAUGUCCUGCAUAACUUUCGAGGUAGUUGGAAGGGUGAUGGAGCGUGA